AUGCACUUCUCAAAAGCAUUCUGCGCUGCAUUUGGCCUAUUUCUUUUAGCCGACCAGUCCAGUAUUCCAUCCUCAUCUUUGCACAGAUCCAGCGCACCUAUUCCUCCAAGUCUCGAUCCAUUUUACAACCCUUCGGAUUUGUCAUGGCGGUUUACAAUUCCAGGCACUAUACUCAAAUUUCGUAACAUUACCUUCGGCCUCACAUCUCCAUCGCCAGCUAUACAGGCAUCAUAUCAACUCCUCUACCGCACCACUAAUGCCCACGGCCAUCCAAGCCAUACCGUGACGACCAUAAUUAUCCCCUCAGACGCAAACCUGACCAGGCUCUUAUCAUACCAAAUCGCCUACAAUUCACCUGAUAUCAACUGUUCUCCGUCUUACUGGCUCCAAGAUGGCGCGUCCCACCGCUCCCACGGAAUUUUAGGCGAACUGAGACAUCUGAUCAUUGCAUUCCUGGCACAAGGCAUUCCCAUGAAUAUACCAGACCACGAAGGGGUAAAUGCCGCCUUUAGCGUGGGAACUCAGACCGGCUACAGUGUUCUGGACUCACUUCGUGCUGUGACAAAAUCAGGCUCCAUCACCGGAAUUUCAUCCGCAGCGUCAAUCACAAUGAUAGGAUACUCUGGUGGUGCUUUGGCAACUGAAUGGGCCAGCGAGCUGCACUCUUCCUACGCUCCUGAUAUUCGUAUUUCCGCCGCUGCCAUGGGCGGCUUGCCAACGAAUAUCACCAAGACGUUCUUUGCAAUCGAUGGGACAUAUCAUGCUGAGCUUAUUACUGCUGCGUUCAAUGGAAUUGCAAACGCAUUUAAUCGCUUUGCAAUAUAUAUACGUCGUCAUCUGAAACCAGAAUAUGCAUCAACUUUCUAUUCCCCCAGACAAGAGUGCACAAAGAAAAUCUCGAGUCAACUUGAGUUCUCUUUUCGAGGCCGCCACCCGAAUAUCUCAUCGUUUUUCGACAACGGAAAUAGAAUCGUAUAUGACCAGGCCGAUUUGAUAAAUACGAUCGGUGUUAUGGGAUUCCAUGGCAUUCCAAACUUCCCGCUAUAUGUUUGGAAGGGUACAAAUGAUGAGGUUUCGGUUCCGAUUGAGGAUACUGAUGCCCUGGUGAAGAAGUACUGUGCUGCAGGGACUAAUAUUACUUAUGUUCGUGUGCAGGAUGGGGACCAUAGAAAGGCAUUGGUCGCUGGGUUGCCGGGGGCAAAGGGGUUCCUGAAUGAUACUUACAAUGGAAUCGUCCCUACCAUGUGCACGAAUACGACUAUUCCCGCUAAGGUUGGAGACGAUGCGAAUGGCAUGGAAGAAUUGCUAUGA